AUGCCCUCAGAAAAGAAAAGUAAGAAGCAUAAAGCUGCUCAAAAAGAAUCAGCGAACAAAGCGCCACUAAAGCCUCUAGAGAGUUAUGUUGGUGACCGUCUGGAGUUGACAAAACAAUUGUUUUCAUGUAUAAAAUCAAAGGAAAUUAAGCAGAGAUUACCAGAAAACUUAAGGAACAAAUCAAUUGAAAAAGUUCAACAACUUUGUUUAGAUGAAAUACUUGGGAUAAGCACAAAAAGAUUGAAAUCAAUUAUUAACAACACCGAAUGUCCAGAAAACACCGAUUCUGAUGAUUCUGAAGUUGAGCAUAUUUCUCUUGAUGAAAUAUCUUCAGAUUCAGGAAAUGAAAGUAAAAAGAAGAAAGAUCCAGCAAAGAAACAAGAACCCGUUGCAACUAAGGCUGUAGAAAAUAAAGAUGCAAAUAAAACUCCUAAGGAAAUGACUAUGUUGGAACUGUUGGAGUUACAAGCAAGAGCUCGAGCCAUCAGAUCCCAACUUGCUCUUGAACCAGUCACAAAAAUUGAACUUGAUUCCGAUGAUGAGGCUGAUAAAACUACGACAGUAGAAAAAUCUUCAACUUCUCGUCCUUCUUCUUCUUCGUCGAAUUCUAAACCUGAGAAAUUAAAAGUUGCAAACAAAAUAACAGAAUCUUCAUGGAAAUCUGUAACAGCCGGCGGUUCGCAAGAUAAGAAAAAGAUUGAAGAGCCAAAUCAAAGCUCAAUUACUUCUGUACCUCCUCUGAUACCAGAUGAACCGAAGUCUAAGCCAGUGAAGUUGAAGAGAAACUAUAAAACGAAAUCGUCAGAAAAUUCAGAGCCAACGACAUUGACAAAAGAACCUUCACCGCCAAAAGCGAAUAAAAAUGAAGAAAAUUCGUUGACUGCUAAAGAAGAUGAACGUUGUAGUUCACCAGAGGUUAUAACAAUGGAAGCAAGUCCAGAAACUUUCUUCAUAUCAGAUUCCGAAGAUGAACAACAAGCUAAUAAUAAAUCUCCUGAGAAGGAAACACAAAUUGAAGAAUCUAUUGAAAAAUUUCAUGAAGAAAGCUCUGCACAAAUUGAUGACAAAGAACAAGAAGAAGGCGAACUUCCAGCGGAAGAUGAAAACGAAUCUCAGGAUUAUUCACCAAAAAGUUCUGACAAGAAGGAUUGCAGUGAAUCGAAAGAAACUUCUCCUGAUAAAGAUCGUGUAAGUAACAGUGCUGAUGACGAAGAUGUCGUUCAUUUAAUGAGCGAUACUGAAAUUGAAUUGCAUCAUCAUUCAGAAAAAGAAGACGAAGAUUUGGAAGUUCCAGAGAAAAAAGCGAAGUUGACAUUGGUUGAACUUGAAAAUGAAUCGAUGGAGAAAGAUGAAGAUCUUGCAGAGAAAACGGCUGAUGUAUCAAAUUCAGUUCAUUCAGAUGAUGAUGUCAUAGAAAUUAAUCACUCAACUGAUGAUGACAUGAUGAAUGAAAGUGAGAAGUCAGCUGGAGAAACAUCGAAAAAUCAAGAGACGUGGGAAGAGCGAUGGUUAUCAUCAGCAAAAACUCAAACUAUUUUAAAGACAACUCAACUUGCUUCGAAAGUGCGAGGAAAUAUUUUAAAAACGAAAAAGUCACAAAAGGCACGUGAAAAGAAUAAAAUUGAAAGUGAAAAGGCUUUGAAAGAAAAACUUUCAAAUCUUGAAGAAGGUUCAAUGCAACAAUUUAAAGUUAUUAAGGAAAAUAGUAAUUAAAGUGUUAAUUAACCAAAAUGAAUAAAUUUUUAUUUAGAUAUCAUUUGAAAAUCAAUUUGGUUUAAUAUAAUUUGAGAAAUUACAGCAGCACAUUUCAUAAUCUUCACCAAUCUUAGUUGAAACUAAAUUUCCUUUAUCGCAAUUUGGUGGCAUCACCACGACACAACCUUUAUUUAAUCGGAAACCUUCGAAAUCAUAAGUGCACUGUGGUGGAUUGGUGGCUAAAACUUCUUCUGCUGGAGCUUCCUCUGCCGGUGCUUCUUCAGCUGGUGCUGCUUCUGCUGAAGCUUCGUCUUGAGCGGGUGCUGUAUUUGCCAACGCAAAUAAAAUUGCCAAUAUGCAAAUAAUUUUCUUCAUAUUCUUUGAUAACGUCUUAAUUGAUUAACAGUCAAAAGUGGAAU